GUGUUUGCUCAAGCUGAUAUCGUUUUUGUGCUUAUAUGGCCCCUUUUUUGGGUUAGAAUUCUUAAAUUUAAGAAAUUUUGCGAUCGUUAUAAUAUAGGACAAGAAAACAACGUAAGGUUUCUGGAGCCUGGCAUCUACAACUGGUAGAGGAACACAUUCACGUUGAAUAAAAAACUGCAAAGAUGCGGUACGCUCAACUUGUUAUGGGUCCUGCAGGCUCGGGAAAGUCCACUUAUUGCGCGAUGAUGAUGAAGCACGCCCAGACCGUGAAACACACCAUGGAGGUGGUGAAUUUGGAUCCAGCUGCCGAGUAUUUUGACUACACACCAAGCAAAGACAUUCGGGACUUGAUAAAACUGGACGACGUGAUGGAAGACGAAGACCUCAGCCUCGGUCCCAAUGGAGGCCUUGUGUUUUGCAUGGAAUACAUGUUGCAGAAUAAGGAUUGGCUGGAAGAAGCGUUUGGAGAUGGAGCCGAAGACGACUACAUAAUCUUCGACUGUCCAGGCCAAAUCGAACUGUACACCCACAUGACUGUGUUUCAAGAACUUGCUGACUUACUUCAAAUGUGGGGCUUUCAAGUGUGUGGAGUCUUUCUUCUUGACUCGCAGUUCAUGGUGGACGGGGCGAAAUUCCUCUCUGGAACCACCGCGGCGCUAAGCACAAUGGUCAACCUGCAAAUUCCUCACGUUAAUGUUCUCACCAAGAUUGAUCUGCUCAGUAAAUCGGUCCGCAAAGAGCUAGACAAAUAUCUGCUUCCCGACACUGAGGAGUUGAUGGGCACGAUGGAGCACACAAGCAAGUGGGGCCAGAAGUACUGUAAAUUGACUGAAGCCUUAGGAAACGUGAUUGAAAACUUCAGUCUAGUGCGUUUCAUCCCUUUGGACCGGCGGGACGAAGAGAACAUUGCUGAUGUGCUCCUUCAAAUAGACAUGGCCAUUCAAUACGGGGAAGACCUUGACGUGAAAACAAAAGACUUUGAUUACCCUGAUCCAGAAGAUCAGGAGGACGAGUGAUUUUAUUUAAUAUUAUUAAAAGAUUAACAUGCUGCUAAAUAACAGUGUUAAAUUUCACGAUUUUCACGCCCA